AUGGAUCCGUCAGGGAUCAUCGGCAUCAUUGGAGUGGUUGCUCAUAUCCUUACUACGUGCUCGAAACUCGGCCUGAGCUGGCGCGAUGCCCCGGAAGACGCCAAGAAAUUCAAGAGCGAGAUGGAUGGUCUGCACAAAACUUUGCUGGAAACGUAUAACCACCUUAUCCAGAAUCCCGAUUUCAUCUCUGCCUUUGAAGGCAAGCAUUCUGCGGUGCUGUCCAACCUCGCGACACCGUCCAGCCCAGGCGAUGCAAACCUACUCUCUGCCUGUCAAGAAGAACUUGAUCAUGUGCUCAAAGGCCUCAAGAAGCAAAUCAGUGGAAGCCGCUUCGGGUGGGAACGAUUCAAGGCAAUGUUGUCCGGCGAACGGACGCAGUCGGCGAUUGAAAACCUGCAGCGACGGUGCCAGGUUAUCAACAGCAUGAUCUCAAUCGACAAUACCACGCUGGCUGUCAAUACCAAUCUUGAGAUUCGAUCUACCAGAAAACAACUUAGCGAAAUGCAUCUCGACGAACGGAAGAGAGAGAUUUUGGACUGGAUCACACCGCUCGACUUUGCUUCACAGCAGACUGACAACCUCGAGAGGAGGCAAGAGGGGACUGGACAAUGGCUUCUUGAUUCGCCAGAGUUUCGAACUUGGGUCCAGGAAGACCGAAAGACGCUUUUCUGUCCCGGGAUGCCAGGAGCCGGCAAAACAAUGCUGUCCUCGAUUGUUAUCGAGGACCUCCAAAACCGGGUUGGAGGAGACCCUGAAGUUGGCAUCGCAUAUCUAUUCUGCAACUUCCGACGACACCACGAGCAAAAGCCUCGGGAUUUACUUGCUAGUGUUCUGAAGCAGCUCUAUUGGGCCAUGCCGGCGGGACCCAAUGAAGUAGAGGAAGCCUAUGACCAACAUCUUCUUGGCACAUCUCCCAUGUCGACGCAAGAAAUUGUGAGAUGCAUUCAGUCUGUAACGAUGUGUUUCGCCAAGGUGUAUAUACUUGUCGAUGCAUUAGACGAGUGCCGCAGAGAUGAAGGAUAUCUAGAUACACUUCUGACAACUAUCCUUGGACUCGCCGAGGCUGCGAACGUUAAUUGCUUUGCGACAUCAAGACACAUACCUGAAAUUGAGAGCUACUUUGACGGCGCCAUAUCAAUUGAAAUUCAGGCCACCGAUGACGAUGUGAUGAAAUUCUUGGACGGCCACAUGUCGAAGCUUCCCUUGGCUGUGAAAAAGAGUAUGGAACUACAAGGUGAGAUCAAGAACAGGAUCAUUCAGGCCGUUCAAGGAAUGUUCCUACUGGCACAGCUCCAUUUAGAUUCAUUGCAAGGCAAGCGUUCAGCAAAAGCAAUCAGAGACUCCCUUCAUAAGCUUGCGAACGGAUCUGCAGCAUACGAUGUUGCCUACAACGAAGCCAUGGAGCGCAUCGAAGGCCAGCUUACUGAUCAAGAAUCCCUCGCAAAAGACGCGCUAUCUUGGAUAGUCUGCGCCAGUCGACCGCUCAAGACUUUGGAGCUACAGCACGCUCUUGCUGUGGAGCAAGGUACGACGGAGCUGGAUGAAGACAAUAUCCCGGAGCUGGAGGAUAUUGUUUCUGUCUGUGCUGGCUUAGUUACGAUUGACCAAGAGAGUCAGAUCAUUCGCCUGGUUCACUAUACGACCCAAGAGUAUUUCGAGAGGACCACUGAGCGGUGGCUACCCAAUGCAGAACGCCUCAUAGUGAGGUCUUGCGUCACAUAUGUUUCUUUUGCAGCCUUCAGUUGUAGCUUUGAGAGCUACUAUGAGCAGAUGGAGAAAGAUGACUCGGAAGGGUAUGAUAGUUCGUUUUGGGUCGUGAACCAUGCUCGCCUUUCCAAAAAUCCGCUUUACGGCUAUGCUGCUCGCAACUGGGCCUACCACACGAGGAAGAUCUCUCCCCCAGAUGAAGACACGCUUCAACUGUUACGCAACACAGAGCACACCAUCUCCUCAUUGAAUCAUGUACUUUGGGUUGAUGUUCCAUACAGUACUAGAGCCCCGCCACGUAACGUUCGGGGAUUACAUCUUGCGGCAUACUUCGGUCUCAUAGAAAUCUUUGAAAGUUUGACGCGGUCUGAUACCGAGGUUGAUAUAAACAUCGCCGACAGCUAUGGUGUAACGCCCCUCUCUUAUGCCAUCAAGGGCGGGUCCAGUGGAGCCGCUCCGGGUGAAAACGAGGACUUUCUCAAGUAUUUACUCGCUCGGAGCGGACUGGAUCCCAACAAGGCAUCUCGCCUACAUGACUUUAGCCCCUUGCACGAUGCUGCUAUCUAUGGGAAUAAAGCCGCUGUGCGUGAGUUGAUCAGGAUGAAAGGGAUCAGGCUUAAUGCCAAAGACGACAGCGACAGCACGCCUUUGCACGAGGCUAUAAGAACGCAUCAUUUUGAGAUAAUAAGGCUUCUGGUUGAAACAGGAAAAGUUGAUCUUGGAGCUCAGGAUAAUGAAGGCCUGACACCCUUCUCCAAAGCCGUUGCAGUGGCCGAUGAAGACGUCAUCCAGUAUCUGCUGGAAACUGGGAUGGCUGACACGAGCUCAACAGACAACGAAGGGAAAACACCGCUACAUCACGCAGUUCGUAGAAUAGGGCUGGAUAAGGCUGUGCAGUAUAUGCUUGAUUCUGGAAUGGCUGACGCCAGUCUUUUUGUGGAAGAUAACUCUGGCCAAACACCUUUCGAGAUUGCCGUUGAGGAGAGCUUGAUGUGUGAGGGCAUGUCUGAGUUCAAAAACCUCAUUGAAAAGAGGAUGAACCUCGUCCAGGGAGUUUGUUCGACAGACUCAAAAUGA